AUGGAUGUGACACAUUUGUUGCUGAUCUUAACGAUCCAUGCGAUGCCAUUAACGGCGGCCCAGCUUGACGUUUUCGCACUACCUCAAGCUCCCCGUUAUGCAGCAAAACCAACAGUGCCACCGGAGUACAAGAAAUAUUUCGAACUGGAGGACCACGCGCGCGGUUUGGUUGAAAGUGUCAUUGGGCCAAGGCCUGGUGGUUUCUUUCCUCCCAAAAGCUAUGAAAUUGGUCGUCCAGUGCGAGCUAAUCCUGAGGCGAGCAAUACUGCUCUGAAUGAAGUUGAGCGGUCUCUGGAACAAUUCCUUAGUGCACCAACCGGAUUUUCUCAGCUGCCACCUGGUUUCAAUCAAGGUUUCUCGGUUGCCAAUGGCGGUAAUCCUGUUGCAUCAUUUUCUAACAUUCGUAAACAUCCGAGAUUGAAACCAACAGCGUCGACAGAUGAUGAAGUCGAAGGGUCGGGCGACGAUACUCAUUCAUCAAUCCGCGGUAUACCGAAAGUUUAUCCUGAUUUAGCAAAACCACCAGUCGAAUUAAUACGCCCUCACUUGCGACCAGUUGCUGCCGAGCAGGUACCAAUGAUUCCAAAAUUUGAAUCACGGCCUGAAGUUCCUGACGGUGGUUUUGGACCCAAUCAGAAUGAUGUUCGCCGUGCUCCGCCGACGGUGAAAGAAAACAUUGAUGAUGGAACCGAAAGCGAUGAAUACGGAGCGUUAACAGAUGACUCAUCAUCAUCGUCAUCCGGUGGUCUAAUCGGUACAAUAAUCAAUCUGAUUGGAUUGAACAACAAAAGGGGGAAACUGGAACCUGAUACACGCGGUCUAACCAAAGCCGUUGGUAGCCUGAUUGGAGGCGAGAACAGUCCGAUCCCAGCGAAAAAUAUGAUUUCUGAUGUUUUGUACAAGGCGCUCACUAGCGGGUCGAUUCAGUCAAAUGGAAGCGAUGAGAAUGCCGCAAAUAAAUCUACGUCUUUAACGCUUACGCCAGCGCAACAGGCUGCCAUCGGCGAAAAUCUGGAAAUGAUUCAAAACCUAAUUACCCAGCCGUCUUCACCUCUCUGUAACCCAAAACCUGUGCCAGUUGAGGAAUUUGAUGUCGAUGCUUUUAUGGGACAGUGGUACCAGGUAAUGUACAGUCCACCACUGGCGACUGGACCGUGCAGCAUGGUUGCAUACAAAAAAUUGGCCGAUGUGAAUAAUGGCGGUGUUGGUACAAUAUUUGAGGUGUUCGAGUACACGACCGAUGGCACACCUUAUGUUAAACCACGUAUCAGUUCUGGAUACGCUAUUGUUAAGCAAGCUGGAGAGCUAAUUUACCGCACAACUAGUAAUCAGGACGAUGUUAACGUCCAUAUAAUUCACGCCGGUCCGCUUAAUGAAGCGAAUCAGUACAGCUUUACAAUACUUUCAACCAACUGCAAUUAUCCAUUGUACGUAUUCGCCCGUGAUCCUGUCAUCUACAAACAGCGCUAUGAAGCGAUGGUAAAUCACAUUUUGGAGCAGAAAGGAUUGAUCAAUGGAUUUUCUCGUCUGCUGAAUAUCGUUGCACCUGUGGAUAAUUCAGUGUGUACAUUUCCACCAAGCCUUUUCGAUGUGCAUGGAUAA